AUGCUCGUCUCUGCAUGCCCUUUAAUCACCAUCGCCUCUCUAAGUUUCCUCGGCGGCUCAUCCACCUCCUCACUAGCACGGGCUUCAUACUUCGACAAUGCGGGCUUGGACGAGCCUAGAAAUGAUGGCACUAGUACUACCAUACAGGGCCCUGUUCCCAGUUUACUCGCUACCACUUGGGAACACAACAUUAACUACUUUCAAUUUAUUUGUACAAGUCAAACCCACACAAGUAAAGAAGUAAACGGCAGAGCACAAUGUUCUAGUUGGGGCUGCAAACCUCAAAUUCCAUUUGCCGAGUGGGGAGUGAUUCCAAGUCAAGAUGCUGUUUGA